UACAAUUUAAUUUGCAUGAAAAAAUAAGAAAAAAAGUUUAUAAAACAUGAUAAAGAUUGCUAAUGGAACACGAAGUUGUCUUCCUUCCACAGCCAAAUAACAGCUGCUUUGAUUACACGCAUUAACAAUCUGGAGACAAUCUUUGCAUGUAGAGCACACAGCACAGAAGAAUAUUAGGAACUUAAUUCAAGGACUAUAAUAUAAAAACAUUAAAAUCAACGUGUACUCGAGCACACAGUCCGUCAAAAGUAAAAACUAAAAUAAUAUUAAAAUUUGAAAAAGCUCUGUGUGUCAUCAUAGCUAACAAGUGGAACGUUCCUUGCCACACAAUGGUGUGCCGGGUUUUAGUGGUGUUGUUGACCAUCGGCCUGGUUCACUCUCAGGUGGCUUUCGAUGAUCCGUGCACACUGACGACAUAUGUCAGGUAAACAAAAUGAUCAUGUGUGUCAGGUAAAUAAAUCGAUCAUUAGUGCCAGGUAAACAAAUCGAUCAUUUGUGUCAGGUAAAAAAAUCGAUCAUUUGUGUCAGAUAAACAAAUUGAUCAUUUGUGUCAGGUAAACAAAUCGAUCAUUUUUGUCAGGUAAACAUAUUGAUAAUUUGUGUCAGGUAAACAAAUUGAUCAUUUUUGUCGGGAAAACAAAUUGAUCCCUUGUGUCAGGUAAACAAAUUGAUUAAUUGUGUCAGGUAAACAAAUUGAUCCUUUGUGUCAGGUAAACAAAUCGAUCAUUUUUGUCAGGUAAACAAAUUGAUUAUUUGUGUCAGGUAAACAAAUCGAUCAUUAGUGUCAGGUAAACAAAUUGAUCAUUUGUGUCGGGUAAACAAAUUGAUCAUUUGUGUCAGGUAAACAAAUCGAUCAUUUGUGUCAGGUAAACAAAUUGAUUAUUUGUGUCAGGUAAACAAAUCGAUCAUUUGUGUCAGGUAAACACAUUGAUACUUUGUGUCAGGUAAACAAAUCGAUCAUUUGUGUCAGGUAAACAAAUUGAUCAUUUGUGUCACUUAAACAAAUUGAUAAUUUGUGUCAGGUAAACAAAUUGAUCAUUUGUGUCAGUUAAACAAAUUGACCAUUUGUGUCAGGUAAACAAAUCGAUCCUUUGUGUCAGGUAAACAAAUUGAUAAUUUGCGUCAGGUAAACAAAUCGAUCAUUUGUUUCAGGUAAACAAAUUGAUCAUUUGUAUCAGGUAAACAAAUUUAUAAUUUGUGUCAGGUAAACAAACGAUCAUUUGUGUCAGGUAAACAAACGAUCAUUUUUGUCAGGUAAACAAAUUGAUCAUUUGUGUCAGGUAAACAAAUUGAUCAUUUGUGUCAGGUAAACAAACGAUCAUUUGUGUCAGGUAAACAAAUUGAUCAUUUGUGUCAGGUAAACAAAUUGAUCAUUUGUGUCAGGUAAACAAAUUGAUCAUUUGUGUCAGUUAAACAAAUCGAUCAUUUGUGUCGGGUAAACGAAUUUAUCAAUCUUGUCAGGUAAACAAAUUGAUAAUUUGCGUCAGGUAAACAAAUUGAUCAUUUGUGUCAGGUAAACAAACGAUCAUUAUUGUCAGGUAAACAAACGAUCAUUUUUGUCAGGUAAACAAAUUGAUCAUUUGUGUCAGGUAAAGAAAUUGAUCAUUUGUGUCAGGUAAACAAAUUGAUCAUUUGUGUCAGGUAAACAAAUUGAUCAUUUGUGUCAGGUAAACAAAUUGAUCAUUUGUGUCAGGUAAACAAACGAUCAUUUUUGUCAGGUAAACAAAUUGAUCAUUUUUGUCAGGUAAACAAAUUGAUCAUUUGUGUCAGGUAAACAAAUUGAUCAUUUGUGUCAGGUAAACAAACGAUCAUUUUUGUCAGGUAAACAAACGAUCAUUUUUGUUAGGUAAACAAAUUGAUUAUUUGUGUCAGGUAAACGAAUCGAUCAUUUGUGUCAGGUAAACAAAUUGAUCAUUUGUGUCAGGUAAACAAAUUGAUAAUUUGUGUCAGGUAAACAAAUUUAUCAUUUGUGUCGGGUAAACAAAUUGAUAAUUUGCGUCAGGUAAACAAAUGGACACAUUGAUCACUUUUUACACAUGUAGUAAACUACUUACACGACAAGCUUUUGUCCUAACAAUUAGACCUGUAAUUCACAACCGUUGCUAUACUCCGCACCCCAUACAGAUAAUUUGACUUGCCUCACACCCCUACAAAUUGUUUUACUGAUUCAUGCACAUCCUAACAUAAGUAACAUUGCAUUUUUACAUUUGAAAAUAAUGCACUCCUAAUUUAUUUAUUGAAUCUAGAAAUAGAGAAGUAGAGAACUUAUAAAAGAAAACUUGUGGCUUUUUAUAUAAAGUUAAAUGUUGAAGAAGAAAUGUUUAAAAAUAUAAAAACAUUCAUAUCAUACUUUUAAAGCUAAUGUUUCUUCUGUGCUUCACUAUCCUUUCCUAUCACCCUCAUGAAAUAACUUCUCGCACCUCCAGGGGUGUCAGCACCUUAGGUAAGAAAAACCCUGCAAUCGACUUUAUGUUUGAUAGAUAUAAAAAAAACUUUCUUUGUCUCGGUUUGGUAUUCACAUUGACCAGAAUGGCUGUGGGCUUACGUUUACUAAUGUAGAAGAUCGAGGAAUGCCCUCACAUACCACUUGCCAUUACUAUUAUCUUUAUUUUAAUUCUAAUGUGGAAAUGAUGGCACUUGAGAAAUUUAAUUAAACGAUCAUCUGUGUCACAGAUAAAAUAUUUAUAUAUUAAUAUUGUUUCGGAAGAAUGUAUUGUUUUGCUAAGUAGAAGGGACAGGAAGUUAAGAAGAGGGUGAUGGGGGUGGAUAGCCUUUGAGGAUUCUUCUUGAUCAGCCCUUGCUAUGACUGCUUCAGUAUUAAACGGCAUCUUAAAGUUGAUUCAAUAAAUGUGAAGUGGAAGAAGUUAUGACAAUUAUAUUUGCUCUAGUUCACAGAGGUAUUAUUUCAUGUGGUGUAUAACAUUCAAUUAAUACAUGCAGUGAUGUAAACACUUCGAGUUGAAGUUCUGGCCAUCGUGCUGUGUUAGAUAACCAUGGACGUCUGCGAAUGGGAAUACAUAAUAUAAGUAAUAAUUACAAGCAACACCAUCCCUCAAUAUGAUCGUUGCAAUCGGAGAAAAAAAAUUACUAUCUUAAAUCUUAGUGAUUUACGAUGAAUGAAUAAAUAUUCCUUUAUUGAUAUCUGUUAGAAUUUUCAGAAUUUUUUAUCUGGGCCCAUACAAGAUAGUUGUAUAUGAUAAUUGAUGGAUGUUACGAUGGAUUCAGAUUUUGUUGAACAAAAUAUUCAACAAACCUGUUUUCUCAUAUUUAAUCCAUCGAUCAACAUAUCUAAAUAGCUUUAUGUCUUUCCAGCAAUUUUUUAGACAAGGAUUUCGUUCUAAAUGUGACAGUACCCCAGGACUGUUCAACGGGAACAGUUAACUGGAACUACCCACGGGUAAGUGUCUGUUUAGCAGGAUCCAGCUUCAAACUUCUUGCAUCUCUCUACCAUCGGAUUUAUUGCGUGUAUAUUAUUUAAGCUGGAUCAUGAGAAACGAAUUAGUCGUAAGUUUAAUACAAUAAAAAAAAGACAUAUAUAAAUAAAAGAAACAAACAAAAAAUGUUUAGUACAGUUCUAUGUAGAUUUAUUUGGUGCCCUCCAUACAAUAGCAUGCUAGUUAAUAUCUUUUUGUAUGUGGAUUUCUCAAACAUGUAGAUAAAAGAUUGAUGACAAUAAUGUUUAUUAUACACUCACAAAACACACGCACUAAUAAAACCUCACACAAUGUCACACACAUACACAAACACACAUGCACAUAAAACGCACAUAUAAACACACAAAGACACACGCCGCUGAACAGGCUCAGUUGGAUUAGGUUUUGCCCUAUUUAAAAAUCACUCCCCAGGGUUCGUUGUUACUGAAAGCAAUCCGGCCAGGGUCCCAGGAAUUUACCCUCUGUAUUGAGGAAGGUUGGGGCACCAGCAUUGGGAGUAUAAGAGACAGGUCAGGUGGGCGGGACGAACCCAUUGACCUGCCCACCGCAGGUUGGUCAUGACAUGAAUGUUACUAUUGGGCAUAUUCUCUCUCUCUCUCUCUCUCUCUCUCUCUCCGUGUAUCCCCCCUCUUUCUCGUCGCCUCUCUUUUCUUCCUCUCUUCUUGUCUCUAUCUUCCCCCCCUGCCCUUCCUCUCUAACGUUCUCUUUCUCUGUAUCUCUCUUAUGUUUUUCUUUGUGUGCGUUUCUUUCUUUCUCUCACUCUCUGUAUCUCUCUUGCUUCCCUCUCACACCCCCUCUCUCUCUUUGUCGCUCUCCUCCGCUUUCUCACUGUAUCUAUCUCUUCUCCCUCAAUUCUUGUCUUUGUCUUCCUGUCUGUCUGCUCCUUUCUCUAUCUUUCUGUAUCACUUUAAAAUCGCUGAUUGUUUCUGUGUGUGUGCGUAUCUCUUUAGAUCUCUCUUGCAAACACAUUAAACUAUACUGUCACAUAAUUUCUUAAUUCUAACGUAAAUUACACUCAUAUUAAUUUAUUCUAAAGAUAAUUACAAGUGAAUCACUUUUAAUGAUCAGUUGAUAAAUUAAUGAAAUUCCGUCCUUUAAAAAACAACCAAAACGUCACGAACGUCCAUAUCUGAGGCUAAAAGACGAACAGUAAACGGAAGCUAAAAACCGUUGAAUGACCCCUGACCUAAGAUAACUUUGUUCGCGAAAAAAUAAUGAUGAUUUUAAAAAUGUAUACUAUUUUAUUUUCAAAGUUACUAAAGUGAGUGAACCCAAAAAUUGCUAAACUUUAUUUUUCCAAUCCCUCCCCAGUCAAGCCAGCUUGUACCACCAGUGUUGACAGCCAAACGGCCCUCUUGCUCCACGCUCCUGCUGCGAUGCUGUAUGUUACAAUAUUCAACUAUAAUAUACAUGCAACAUAAAGACUCACAUCGUUGUAGAAGCAGCUGAAUUAGUCACUGAAAUUAACCCGGAAGUAUUUAAAAAUGUUCCAGUGAAUGGAAAUCUUAUCUUAGCGGGCUCAUUGGCUCCAAAAGUUAGACUCAAUUUAUGAGUUUGAGAAAAUGGG